AUGUUCAAUAAGAUUGUCAGAGUUGCCGCUAGGGGAAUUCCCCUUGAUGAAUUGCCAGUUCAACUGAGCAAAGCCGGUUUGGCGUCGUUGUGGCUCGUUCAAAGGGCGACAAAUGGAACAGAUACAGGGAAACUAGUAAGGGAAUGUACGUUUCCAGACUUCGAAAGCACCUGGGGGUUUCUUACACAGGUCAGCAUGAGAUCACACCUCUGGGGGCAUCACCCAACGAUCACAACAACAUAUAACAAGGUCAAACUGGAGCUGGCAACGCACGACCUUGAACAGCAACCAAACAGCGUAUCUGACGUGGACUUGAAGAUGGCCAAACGAAUAGAGAAGUAUAUACAUAUGUACAGCGGUUCUUCUCCCUGA